GGAUGUGCAAAACUUCAUCAUCUUCGGCUGGCUUUCUAUCCACCUUUCUCUUUCAUUCACGUUCAUUUACAGUUGUUCAUCAUCUUUUCAAGCAAAAUCUACUUCUUCGACGAUUGUGACCAGCAGUUUCAUUAACUCUUCACUUUAAGCUUUGCACUUUGUCCAGUACUUUCCCAAUAAACACCAAAACCAAACCCAAUGCUUGGACUUUACUUCAAGAAUAUCAUUGAUAUGCUUUUUGUUUGAAUUUCUCAGUCGAUGGACUCAACUACUAUCCUUGAUCGUGCUUUAUUUCAACUCACUCCAACUCGAACUAGAUUUGAUCUGGUGCUCUUCUACAAAGGGAAGAAUGAGAAACUUGCUUCUGGGAUUUUUGAACCCUUCAUGUGUCAUCUCAAAUUUGCAAGAGAUCAGAUUUCAAAAGGUGGGUAUUCGAUUACUUUGCAGCCACCUGCUCCUGGUACACGCUGGUUCACCAAAGCUACUUUUGAGAGAUUUGUGCGCUUUGUUAGUGCACCAGCAGUUCUUGAAAGGUUUGUUACCAUAGAAACAGAAAUCCUGCAAAUUGAGAGAUCAAUUCAAGAUAAUGAAUUAGCUAAUGCCAAAGGAAGACAGGAGGAAGAUGCAAAUGGUCAUACAAAGAAGUCAACUGAUUUGACAAAGGUGCUGGGUGAACUCAAGACAAAAGAUGAGAUUAAACAGGAAGAGAACUCCAAGGUUCAACUUCAAUGGCUACUGGAAACUCGAAAAGCCUUGCUAUGGAAAGAGCAAGCAAUGACUUAUGCUCGUGGGCUGGUUGCUGGGUUUGCAAUGGAAAAUAUGGAACAUCUCAUUUCCUUUGCAGAUGCAUUUGGAGCAUCCAGGUUAAGGGAAGCUUGCAUUAAUUUCAAGGAAUUAUGCAAGAAAAAACAUGCAGACCGUCUUUGGAUGGAAGAAUUAGCUGCAGUUGAGGCAUGCUCACCAUCAGAACCGCCAUCGUUGGGAGCAUCGGGCAUUGUGCUUGCAAAUGGAAUUAGCAUCCCUAAUCCGAAUCUCAUGUCGAGUAUUAAUGGUGCAUCUAAAGAUUAUCACACUUCAAAUGAAUCUUCGGAAGCAUCAAAAUCAGACACAACAUGUGCUGGAGCUGUGGACAGCAAGAAAGAUGAGGAUUUGCCUGCAUCAGAUCAUACACCAUCAUCAACUACCCCAAAAUAUCAAGUUCCAAUUCAAUGGCUAAAUCAGAUGCCUCAGCAUAUGUAUAAUUUUCAAGGCCAGCUACCUCAAUAUCAAGGAUAUCCCUUCCAUCCUAUGCAGCCUGUGCCACUUCCAUAUCCAAUGAAUAUGCAGUGGCCUCCUAAUUCGAAUCAGAAAUCAUCCUCCAAGCUAAAGAAGAAAUCGUCGAAUGGGAAAAAACUUGAUUAUUUGGGAGAAGAAAGGGAAACAGAAUCCAGUGGCUCUGACUCUGUAACUGAAAGUGAGUCAGGUUCAGACGUGGAUCAGGAAGAUAGAAGGCAUUCAUCACCAGAUCCUCCAUAUAGGAAGAAAAACCUUAAGAAGUCGUCCAGAACAGUUGUCAUUCAUAAUAUUAACUACAUCACUCCAAAGAGGAGAAGUGGAGAGAAAGAUCAAGCUUCAGAUGGAUCUUAUUCUGGUGAGGAUGAUAUAAUUGAUGCAGAUUCCUUAAAACAGAAAGUGGAUGAUGCAGUCAAGUCACUGAAGGAAUCAGGCAAAUCAAACUCAAGUAACAACAAAAGAAGAGGCACAGACAAGAGCCACCACAUUGCAGAAAAAUCAACUGAUGAUCAUGACCUAAACGCAUCAGAGGGAGGAAAAAGAAAUGGAAACUGGGGUGCUCUCCAAAAACUUCUAAUGAGGGGUGAAGAAAGGGUAAGUGUGAAUGAAGUAGAAUGGAAGCAAGCUGAGGAUGAUCAGGACCAUUUCAUGGCUAGAAAUCUCAAUGGUGAAAUUUCUGCAACUACUCCUUUGAACUUCGAAUCUCAGAAAACUCCAGUUAAACGUUCAGGUUUGGUUGAUUCUUUUGUCGUGACUGAGAGGGAUGAGAUUAAUGAAACUAGGGUGAAGUUGGAUGAUUUUGUUAAUGGAGAGAAUUAUCGUCCAAUAAUGAAGAAAGGGGACAGUGUAGAAGUGGAUUUGUUACCUCCAGAGAGAUCGGUUGAAUCUGGAAAGAAGCUUGGUGAUCCCAUAACUGCUUCUGCAAAUAAAUCAGCCAUAAUCAGGUGUGGAAAGGAAGAAGAUUGGUUUCUUGGAAAUCAUCCCAUGAAUCCCGAAAAUCACCACUCAUCCAAUAAUAAGAUGCUUUUUAAUGGCUCUCGUAUUUUAUCAGUUGAGAGUGAUCCUCUAUAUUCUCAGAAGAGUAAGAAAGAUGUUCUUGUCGACGAUUCUUUCAUGGUUGCAGCUCGGCUGACAGGUGAUGAUCAGAAUGAUUCCCAUUGGAAAACAGAUAUAAGUAUGGUUGCAGAUCUAACUUCACCUAGCAAACCAGAUGGUACAAAUGAUGUUUCACAAGAUGAGCAUAAGAUACUUGAUGCUAAGCCGAUUGACCUUUGCAUGGUGCUUGAACGAAACCCUGGAUACGAAUCCUCCAGAGACUCCUGGACAGUGGAUUAUCAAAUUGAUUUAUCAUUUACUGAAACAAAUAAAAGUGCAGCAACCAAAUGUGAUGAUGAUGAGAAAGCUUUUUCCAAUCAUAAGAACACCAUUGCCAAGCGUGAUGAAGUCCAUGGAACAAAAAAGCCAACCAAAGAAACAAGGUCUAGAGUUUUAAAUGGACCCAUAGGGAGGGGCAAAGCUGAAAAUGUGUCCAAGAGCAAGAAACCAUCUCUUGUUAGUAGGUCCAUUACUCAAAAGAGCAAGUUGGAGAAGGAAGAAGAAAUGCGGAGGAAGAUGGAACAACUACUGAUUGAACGACAGAAAAGAAUUGCGGAGAGAACUGCGGCCUCCGGUUAUGCUUCGGCUGUAUCCAAGAAAUCACCAUUAGAAAGUAAAGCAGCAAAAGGUUCCAUAAAGAGUGACAAGAACAAAAAUGUCUCCACUGCUCAAGCAACCAACAGCGUGAAUUCUAUCAAACUCAGAGCAACUUAAGAAAGAAGCCUCAAUAGAUCCUUGAUCUUAUGAAUGGUUGAGAUAUGGCAUCCGGCCCUUCACAUUUUGAGGAGGAUUGGAUUCAAGCUCGAAAUCUCUCGAGCCAAGUGAAUUCGCUUGGAACAUGCACUGCAGAUCAUAUAAUCGAGACGUUAGAUCCUCAUGCACGUGACUGUAUACAUUGUCAAUAUUUCUAAGUUACACUCGCAAUUCAUUUCACCAUUGUUUGUUUCAAUAAGUUAUAAAAAUUC